UUUAUGAAAUAAGUGUUACAUAAAUACACCUCAAGAGAACAAAAGACAAAUUACAUUCAUACAGAAAAGAACAUUUGAAGUGGUUGAAUUUAGGUGCAGCAUAUACACAAUAGAACUUGGAAAGCAAAAUGUACUUUCACACAAAGUACAACCUUAAAUACCAGGUCAAAAAACGACAAGCAAAUAUGUAUAUGAAACAUAUGAAACCGUCCUGCAGUGAGUGUUUUGUUUUCACUGAAACAAAUGAUCACAAACAACACAACAAAAAACAUGAAGAAGCAUUAUGAGCAACAGUAAUUGGCACACAUUCAUGAAAAAUAAAUGACAUUCAAGGUAAAGAAUAUUGUGUUGAGUCUGAUGAUGAAAACCUGAUGAAAUGAUACAGUGGAUGUUUGAUUGGCAUUUGUUUACAUGCUGUGAUUUGCAAUAUUAAUACUGAUUUGUUCUGAACCCAGAAUGAGUUAUGUUCCUGUUUAGGGUGGAAGAAAUGCACACAAAUCAUGUCUGCAGUACAAAGCGAUAUUAUGCACACCCCCAUAAAAUAUUCAAAUGUGAUUACAGCUAAGAAUAUAAUAUUUACAUAAUUAGUACUAGCACAUUCCCGCAUUUGUAACGUUGUCAACAAUUCUGUUCACAGUUUAAAUAUGCGUAUGGACAAAAGCAGGAAUUAAAUUAGUUCACCCAAAAAUAAUAUACAAGCUUGUUUUCACAUAUGUGCAAACCACAUAAAUUGGCUCACUGAACAGAACCGAUCCAAAAUAAUAAUUUAUAAAAUAUACAAUUUAUAUAAUAAAACUCACAGUGAAUAAUGACUUACAUUUCAUGUAAAAUUAACAGAUUAAAAUGUAAAUAUUGUAUGACUUCUGAAAGCUUAGAAUAUAGUCUAUGAGUCAGAAGCGGUAAUAUUUAUAUGACUUUUUUGUUUGACAGAGGUGGCCACUACAAGCUAUCCUUGGAAAGAGGGGAGUCAGAUUAAUCGGAAAUUCUACUUUUGUCCACAUACGGAUUUGGAAGGACAUGAAGAUCCCAGCAGAAACAGACAGAUCAUCCAGCAGCUAGCUGUCAUCUUCUUUGGCAUUUCCAACGACUCACUAUCGAUCUGCAAGGAAGGUAGAGGUGGCACAUUCCAGGAAAUCGCAGCUGAGACGGAGCGUUUUCAAGCAUGAACCGGGCAUUUAACAGAAAAAAAGAUAAAUCAUGGAUGCACACUCCAGAAGCACUGGCCAAGCAUUUUAUAGCAUACAAUGUCAAGUUUCUGGGGCAUACAGAAGUUGAUCAACCCAAAGGUACGGAGGUGGUGAAAGAUGCUGUCAGAAAGCUCAAGUUUCAGAAACACAUUAAGAAGUCAGAGGGACAGAAGAUCCCAAAAGUGGAAUUACAGAUCUCCAUCUACGGAGUAAAAAUAUUAGAUCCUAAAUCAAAAGAAGUACAGUACAACUGUCAAUUGCACCGGAUAUCCUUCUGUGCAGAUGAUAAGACAGACAAAAGGAUAUUCACAUUCAUUUGUAAAGAUUCAGAGUCCAACAAACAUCUCUGCUAUGUGCUUGACAGUGAAAAAUGUGCAGAAGAGAUAACUUUGACCAUCGGCCAAGCGUUUGACUUGGCAUACAAGAAGUUUCUGGAGUCCGGGGGAAAAGACGUAGAGACGAGGAAACAGAUAGGUGGCCUACAGAAAAGAAUUCAAGAUCUUGAAGCUGAAAAUUCCGAGUUGAAGAAGCAGUUGCAAGUCUUAGACGAACAGCUGAUGAUUGCUCAAGUUCCUCCUCUUCUUCACAUUAACUCUUCUAAUGAUGCCUAUAUGCUUCAGAGACCCUCAUCUCUCUUCUGGUGUCACAACGUGACUUCAUUCUCGUGCCUCGAAAUUUCUUCUGUUACACUAACGCCAAUGAGCUCACCUGACUCUAACCUUUCUGCUGGUCUUCUGACUCCUCCACCUGCUAAACCAGCUUUGUCAAAGUCUCCCAGUGGAGCCAGUGUUCCUCACCCUCCUGGAAGCAGCAUGUCCUCGAAGACGCCCACUGACAUAUUUGACAUGGUUCCAUUUUCUCCAAUGACCCCAUUGGUUCCAUUACCAGCAAGUAAUGGCUCGGCUCCUCCACCCCCUGCAAGGCCUACAGAGAUUAGCAGAGACCUGUUUGGUGCAGAGCCAUUUGACCCUUUCACCUGCGGGGCAGCUGACUUUCCUCCUGACAUCCAGUCCAAGCUGGAUGAAAUGCAGGAGGGGUUCAAAAUGGGACUAACAGUAGAGGGCACUGUCUUUUCCCUUGAUCCACUAGAAGGUCGCUGCUGAUGCCAAGAAGAAAGUUUUGUCACUUUCAUGUUAAACCAUUUGUAUUAAAGUGCCAAACUCGGGUUUACAGUCAAGAUGUCAAUGUCUUAUCUUACGUUUUUAUGUAUUUGCAUUAUACAAAAAGUAUAUUGAGAAAUCUGAAGCAGUAGAUCAAUAUUUUUGUAAGAACUGAAAAAAAAAAAACCUAGUAAUGUAGUUUUAACACCCCUUGCUUGUACAGGCAAUGAAGGAUGUAGGAAGUAUGUCCAAUUGCACAGUCUGUGUCGAAGUUUCAUAACUGUUCAAAGGCAAAUUCUUUAAGCUUAUGUUACACAUACAAGCUACUGUUUUUAAUCUGUUUGGCAUAUUACAAAUCACAACGUUAUCAUUAUGGAGAGUUCCCUUUACGUUAUUUUUUAGCUUUAUUUUUAACACUUAAUGCGGUACCAUACAUCAUAAUAACAUUCCUUUUGUAUCAAAUCUCAUGUAAAAUUAUGAUAUUGUUUUUGUUAAUAGCAAUGGAUCCAUUAAAAUACAGUAUUUUUUAACUGAACAGCAGUUAAAUUGUAGGACUGGACUAUUUCCACAUUAACAUGUACUUGUAUUGCAGCUUAAUUUUAUAUUAUAUAUUUUAGUAUACUCUUGCACAAGGAAGCACUUUGAAAGAGCUCUGUUCAUGUAUUAUUGUUAAUUCAGCAUUAUUUUAGCCUAUGCUGUU